AGCCUCAUUUGAACUUAAAAAUCAUCAGAAUUCCAUUUAUUUUCUCUGUUGUGACUGCUAUACUAUUCAUGCUUUACUCUACAAAGAGUUACGAUAUUUAUGCCUGUAGACUUACAAGAUAGAAGGCCAGUUUUCGUCGAUUCUAAUAAUCAACUGGGAAGAAGAUGGUGAGAGAUUUGCCAUCACCUAUCUCUGAUUCGGGAGCCGAACUCAGUGACGACAGCAUGUCUGUGAACUCGAUCUCCGAUUCAUUCUACUCGAAAUCGUCCUAUUGCAAAACGUCUCCUGAUGAGGGUGCCGACGACGACGAUGGAUUACGAAUGGGGGCCGACGACCGCAAUCCGACCGGAAACCUGAGAGCGAUGACGGAAGAAAGACUGAACGAACUCCAAAGCCGAGGUUUAUCGAGUUUGAUGAUGGAUGGUAUUGGAAUGACGUCAGGGGUCGACGAGGUGGAGAUGAGGUCAAACGAAGACCAGCAAACCCUGAGGUUAAAGAUCAACAGUCGAGAGCGAAAGAGGAUGCAUGAUUUGAACAAGGCAUUGGAUGGUUUACGGGAGGUCAUGCCUUACGCCCAGGGACCCUCGGUGAGGAAACUCUCAAAGAUGUCAACUUUGCUCUUGGCAAAGAAUUAUAUCUUGAUGUUACGUAAUAAUAUGGAGGAAAUGAGGCAGCUCGUGAAUGAUGUCUAUCGGGGCCGCGGUCGAACACUGCCGUCGUUUAGCCAGCCUGGACAUCAACCACACCGGCAUGAGAUCCGCGAUGUCGCAGCUCCGCAUCUUACACGAGAUUAUCCCGAACACCAUCGCCCUGUUCAUCCCGCCAACUCCACCACGAUCCCAACUUUGUCUUCUCCACUUUCUUCUAUAAAACUCUAUCCGAAAGAUAAUGGACCUGGGAUAAGCUAUCAAACUCCAAAGCCUCCAUCUGUUAUGAUUCCUGGUAAGGAAAGUCAUAGCGAGACACCAUCAUCGGAUUCCUUCGUGAAACGGGUGUCGAUGCCGACAUUGAGCUCACUGCCUCGCAAUGAGCAUUCAUCUCCUUUCAAACGUGUUUUACCGACACAACCAUCGGUGUCUAAACUUUCACCAACAUCGUCCCACUUAAAGAAUCAUAGGAUUUCAACUAACCCAUUGAAACGUCAGUCGUAUGACUCGAGGACAUCGUCAGCGUCAUCGAUGGGACCAUUGUCGCUUUCAUCGUCUUCCAAGUCGAGUCUACCGCUGAGACCGUCAGCGUUGCUGCCGAUAAGCUUCGACCUAGCAAAUAACCAUCACCUCAAUCACCCUCGCAAUGCACCUCCUGCUCAUCAUCAUCUCCAUCUCCAACAGCAAUCUGACCGUUGUCAUCAUCAACCAGCACCUCCUCCUCGUACGUCCGACGUCGUCGUCGAUAGAGUUAAGAUAUCGGGUGUGGACAAACCGUGGAGUGCAUCGACGGGUUCGUCACCGUGCGCCUGCGUCCAAUGUGUGAAGCCGUAUAGCGGUGUAGCGCCUGUAUCACAUUGA